AUGGUAGGGGUGGUGUGGAAAUACUUCUCUGGCGUUAGCCCAGUCGUAAAAAGCAGCGGUCAGCUGAGGGGCCCGGUGCGAUGGAGAAGCCAAGCGACUGCAGCUGUGGUGACGGAAAGCGCCAAACCUCAAAUUCAGCCCCAAGUGCGGAAACCUAAAACGGGAAUCUUGAUGUUAAACAUGGGCGGUCCGGAACGGCUGGAUGAUGUGCACGAUUUCUUACUUCGCCUCUUCCUGGACAGGGAUCUGAUGACGCUUCCAGCUCAAAAUAAAUUAGCCCCGUUCAUUGCCAAACGCCGCACGCCGAAAAUCCAGGAGCAGUACAGCAGGAUUGGAGGCGGGGCGCCCAUCAAGAAGUGGACGGCGGUGCAGGGGGAAGGCAUGGUGAAGCUGCUGGACAGCAUGUCUCCUCGCACCGCGCCUCACAAAUACUACAUUGGCUUCCGGUACGUCCAUCCUCUGACGGAAGAAGCGAUCGAGGAGAUGGAGAAGGACGGGAUCGAAAGGGCCAUCGCCUUCACGCAGUACCCGCAGUACAGCUGUUCUACCACAGGAAGCAGUUUAAAUGCCAUUUAUCGCUACUAUCAUAAAAAAGGGGAGAAGCCGAAGAUGAAGUGGAGUAUAAUUGACCGAUGGCCAACACAUCCCCUUCUUAUCCAGUGCUUCACCGAUCACAUCCAGAAGGAACUGAACCUGUUUCCACCUGACAAAAGGAGAGACGUCGUCAUCCUCUUCUCCGCUCACUCGCUGCCCAUGUCUGUGAGUUACGUCAGGUCGUUGCCGUCGUUGUUAGACCAGAGUCAGGCUGGCUGGGCUGAGUGGAAGGGACGUGGCUCCCACGCCUGCGGAGCCGUGGAGGUGCCGAGCGAAUAG